CAUCUAUACCGAAGCUAGUAAGUCCAGACAUUUACAUCACAACUACAUAGAGUAGUCACGAUGGACAGAGCUAAGCUUCACGCUAUAGCUGCAGUGUUAUACCUGAUGAUGAUAGUGAAGCUUCAUGCCAUAGAGGAUAAAGAAAACGACACAAAUACCUGUAUUCUGAAGUUAAAGGAGAACGCAAAACGCGUUCGGUCGGAAGUGAUAAAAGAGUUGACGGAGGGAAUAAAAGAGGAAUUUAAGAAUCAGUUCAAGGAACAUGAGCUUCUGAAGAAGGAGAUUGCUGUGGAGAGGGCACGUCAGCGGGUGAUAGAGGAGAAGGUGGAUGUGUCUUAUGAGAGAGUUCAGAGACUCGAGGCUGCUCUCUCACAAUGCGCCCCCAUCACAGUUCCAAACACAACCCCCAUCACAGUCCCAAACACAACCACUUCCACUUCUACGACGACGACAACAACGACUACAGCAGAACCAAAUUCGUGUGCUGCUGGCUUUGUGAAAUUUGAAGACCACUGUUACAUACUGGAGCUGGAUAAAGUCAAAUGGGAUUCUGCAAGAACUAGAUGUCGUAUUCUUGGUGCCGACCUCGUCUCUAUUAAUACGGAAGCUGAGAACGACUUUCUGAUGAAGAAAAUAAAGGAAUACUACCCGCCUGAAGAGACGGAGAAGAUCGGACAUUUCUGGAUAGGGAUGCUGUAUGAAGACGGAAAAUACAAGUGGUCUGACGGCACUAAGGUGGGCUUCACUGACUGGCGUUCGACCAAUGAACCUAACUGUAUGCAAGACGUAUGUUCAGCACUCAUUUCGACGUUCGAGGCAGCGUACAAGUGGGAGGACGCGGUCUGGUCUUAUGAUUUCCACUACAUAUGUGAGAAGGAUGCAAUAUAGAUACAGGAUUCCUCUUUCCAAGGACACGUGAAAAUCUGGGUUAGAGUUGCUCUUUAGCAACCCAUGCUCGUCGCAAGAGACGACUAACGGG